GUGCUCACUGUUGUUACAUCUAAAGCUGCCCCCCGAUGAGGCGGUGGUGACUCUGGCAGCCCUCUGACGGAGCUCUGAGAGACUGAAUGAAUACACUGACUGUUGGAAUAAAUGGCGACUGAGGACUAACCAGUAACCUGCUGUAUGAACGCCAAAGACUCUGAAUAUCAACACGAAGUUGCAUUAGCCGAAGCGAUUUACUGCCAGUGGCACCAAAGACUCUGCUAGCACCUCGUUAAGUUAGCCAGUAGGUAAGGUUAGCCGGGUAGCUAAUGUUAGCUGGCAGGUCUAUUUUUAGUGGACGUCAGUAGGGAAGUCGCUUGGCUAUUAUUAUUGACAACCUAAUCCGAGAGGAUUUGCACAUCCUAUGAUCUUGCUGCGCUAGUUGUCUGCACCAAAAUGUCCACUACUUCGUUGGAUAAAGAAUUACAGGAGCGACUGAGAGAGGCGUCUGCCAUCGGGGACAUUGACGAAGUGCGGACAUUGGUGGAGAGCGGAGUAAAUGUCAAUUCACAAAAUGAAAUAAACGGAUGGACGUGCCUGCACUGGGCGUGCAAGAGGAACCAUAAGCACAUAGUGUCCUACUUACUCAGUUGUGGAGCAGACAAAGAAAUCCUGACGGCUAAGGAUGAGAUGGCCUCACAACUCACAUCCAAACCAGAAAUCAAACGACUCUUGGGAGUCGAGGUGGAGGAAGUGCCUGAAGUCAAGGAGCCCGAGUUGCCAAUCAUCCCUAACUACUUGUCUAACCCGCCCUUCAUAUACUCCAAGCUGGAUAACAAGUCAGAGCUCAUCCUGGCCCAGCACCUACAGAACGGUUCAGGAGAGCAUGCGGACGACACACAAAGCGAUCCGCCCUCCCUCUCUCCAACCCAUGAGCCUCAGAAAUCACAGAGCCUGGUCUCCGACAGCCCCACUCUCACCCCAAACCCCAUCACUCACAGCCAAACCCAGGCUGGCGAAUUCAUUCCUGUGACUGAGCAAAAUGGUGUGUCACCUACCCCGGCCUCAUCCCACAACCACACUGUUGUUAACUGCACAGUGCCCAUGGACCUGUCAGUCGAGCCUCACCUUGUCAACCAUGCAGACUACCCGCACGCAGUGGCACACAACGGCACCAUGUGCUCGCCCCCGUUGGCCUCACCCAGCCCGAGCUUGGCCAGCUGCAGCGGGAGCCAGGUCCAGCCCCCCGUGGCUGGCGCUAACCCGACUAUGAGCAGGCAGCAGUCUAUCCCACAGCAGCUGGGCUACGGACAGACUGGCGGAUCCUUGCCAGCCUUCCAACCUUUCUUCUUCACCAGCACCUUCCCUGUCAAUGUACAAGAGUUGGUACUGAAGGUACGUAUCCAGAACCCCAACGCAAGGGAGAACGACUUCAUCGAGGUGGAGCUGGACCGUCAGGAGCUCACCUAUCGUUCCCUCCUGAGGGUGUGUUGCCGUGAGUUAGACAUCAGCGCCGAGCACGUGGAGAAGAUCCGUAAGCUGCCAAACACCAUGUUGAGAAAGGAUAAGGACGUGGCUCGGCUGCAGGACUUUCAGGAGCUGGAGGUUGUGUUGGAGAAAGCAGAGGGCCUGUCCCUUUUCUCGGGGACGGGGGGCCUAACAGACAGACCCUGCUACAACAUGAAGGCCUCCCGCCUCACCUACUAGAGCUACCGCAGAGCCCGAGGUUUCCCUGCUUAUGAUGGGUUUCUGUAGCUACCCUCAAGCAACCAUAAAUAGUUGCCUGCCCAGGUCCCUUGUUACAGCUUUGUUCGGCUUUGGUGUUUCGCCAAUUUCCUAACCGGGAUUUGUUUUUUCAAGUUCUGUAGCUAUUGUCCUCCUCCUGUCCUCCUCUGGCCCUCCUGCUGCUUUAGUGUACCCGACCAGUUCUAAGCGAUUACUGAUGCAUGGUGUCCUCGAUUAUGUGAGAACGUAUUUGGGCCCCUCUCUCCUCUCUCUAUCUCUUUCUCUCCUCCCACUGCACUUUGUGCCAAGGCUCCAGUGGGACAAAAGAGGAGGACAUUGGUUUGUCUUCCUUUAUGGACUGGACAUGAAUGGGUUUCUGCAAUAGCCUUAUAUGGACACAUCCCCAUACUAGCUGUGGACUAUGGUCUCAGACAGAAACUGUCUGAUAGGACCGAGAGCAGAGGACAACAGGAAGGAUUUACAUAACUCUUACUGAUAAGUUCAUCAUUAGUCCACAGAAUAGGACGAGUUGCAGCACAGCAGACUUGCACACAGCAACUUAUAUUUCUAGCAAACUGACCUAUAGAGUGUUAUCAGAUAUUCUAGCUGGCGUACACACUUUCAUACAUGCUGUAGGCAUAAGCCUUAGUGUCUUUCCUGCAGAGGGCAUCCAUUUCUGGCCUACUUGUUAAAGUGGAGGUAAUCUCAUUCCAAGUGAGAUUUAGGUAUUUUUGGACUAAUAGUACUUUUAUUUGCCGACAACACACACAAACACGCUUUAAUAUAUAUAUAUCCACACAAGGAUGGACACAUUUGAGUAGGUGUAACGGUUUACCUACAUAUUUGAAUUGCUCAGUUGUACACUGUGGAAAAAGGAAUAAAUAGUUUUGUUUUAAUAUUUCUGUCUUUUCUUGUAAGAGGAAAAAGUUAAUUUCUAAGAUAAAUGUGCAGCAACUUGAAGCAGGACUAAUGUUUUUUUUUUUUUUAUUUUCUACAAAAUUACAGGAUGUGUUUGUCAGUUCAGUCAGCAUAACACUUAAACUGUCAACUAUGAAGUAUUUAUUUUUUAUUAUUUUAGUUUUAUCGAUUCAUACUAAUAAAGCGAGACCAUGCAUUGUGCUUUAGAGUAGCAAGGCUUGAGUCCCAGUAAAAGGUUGUGUACGAGGCUUUCAUCUAAUUUAUCAUAUCAGUUGCACCUUCAGUUGAAUCUUUUCGGUUCCUUUCCUUCUGUUUAACUGUGAUUAGAAUUAAAACCAAAAACUAAUCUAGCCAGCAAAGAUAUAAACCGCAGAAUAUACUAUCACUGCUUCAGAAAAGAUGCAGCUUUGUUAGAUUUUUUUUUUUUCCCCCCAAGUGAAGAGGAGAGAAAAAAGUAUAUGAUCAUCUGUGUUUGUGACACAUAAAUUGAGUACUUCCUUGGUCCUUCGGUACUAUUCCAAAUUAUCAUUCCUGAUAUGAUUAUCUAACUACAUGGUGGUUUGAUUUCUUUGCCAUCAGUUUGGUUGUCAAUGCCUGUCUAGUGCUAAUAGUUAGAUUUGUUGUAUUUGGUAGCUGAAUCAGAGGUAUCUCUGUCUGAUUUAACUUAAGACUGCACUGACAAGAUGACUAUUGACACUAUAUAAAAAAAAAAAAAGUAUUGUUCUUAUAUAUUAAGAAUUUAUUUAAGGUCAAGAGCCACAGCCAUGUUGUGUCGGAUGGUAACGUUCAUGCUGCUUUCAUCAACACUAUAUUCCUUUAAUUCUCAAUGCUGGGGCUCAUUUAAUUUAAGCAGUGCAGUAGACGGACACUACACAUGUGCUACAAUCAAAAAGUUUCUUACCCAGUGGUAACUGUUUACUGUUCAAAUGUAUACCUGAAGCUCUUACUGUAUUUGUAUGUUUUAUGAUAUAUUUUUAUUAAUUUGUAUAGUUUUUUUAACCAGCUAGGCCUGUUGUGUUUGUGUCAAAAAAAAAAAAAAAAAGAGUUCAACAACGGGAUGAAAAGCGCUGAUUGUUGAAGCCAAGUGCAAUGUGGGGUAAAGAAUGUGUUUCAAGAAAGUUUGCUGUGAGAAGAAAAGACUACCGAGAGUGCUUAUUUUAUGUUCCCAACUAUGUUUAAAUGCUUUAUUAAGUGAAGCUGUGCCACAUGUUUAAGGCAGAAGCGUGGUUUAGAGAGUGGAACAAUGUAGGAGAAAACACCCCUCUGGCUGUUUUCUGCCCUGGGUGAGUGAGAGCAGCAUGUUUGAAAUGGAUUUUUUACAGGAUCCUCGUCGAUUCUGUGGAAAAGAGAUGACUAACAUUGUAUUUGUGGGAUUGCUUAUUGUUCUAGAAAAAGCAGAAUACAGUUUGACUUAACCUAUGCAUUCAGAGUGAUAUUUUUAUAUACAGUACGUCCUGUGUACUUGUAGAAAUAAUCUUAGGCACUGUUACAGUUGUGUUUUUUGUUGUUUUUUGUUUUUUUUUUUUCGCUCUGGAGACCUGUAUCUGUUCUUUGAUAAAGCAUGGUGAAUUACUUCA